UCAGAGCCACAGGUUUCGUUGACGUUCGGAUUUAAACAAGGAGCGGGGUGUAAACACUGGUGCCGAACGGGCAAUAUGAGCAUCUUUAGAAAAUUACGAAUGCGUACAAUAUAAAAUUGGUCACGAAUGUCAUGGCCUCGAAAUCAGACCAACUUCUUAUCGUCGUUUCCAUUCUUGAAGGUCGUCAUUUUCCCAAGAGACAGCAACAAACUUUGGUCGUACAAGCAAAGUUUGAUGGGGAGCAGCUAGAGACAGACCCUGUGGAUCAUAAAGAACAGCCACAGUUUUCUACAGAGCUGGCAUGGGAGCUCGAUCGCAAAACGCUUCACCAGCAUAGACUCCAGCGGACACCCAUCAAGUUACAGUGCUACGCAAUUGAUUUGAAUACCUCGGCGAGAGAAUGUGUCGGGUACAUCGUCUUGGAUCUCAGAUCAGUCCAGGAAGUUAAGCAGCCUCCGAAAUGGUAUUCCUUGCUAAGUAGUAAGUACACUAAACUGAAGCCAUCAUUGCUGUUGAGCCUGGUCCUGGAAAAUGACACCAAACAGGCACCUGAACAAUUGAAAGCAAAGAAAGUGCCACCGAGACCAGGGUCUCCAAGCAUGACAAAGCUCGAGUCAAUAAAACUAGAGGUGAUCCUGAACGAAGAUGAAGGAUAUCAUCAAAUUGGGCCAGCAGACCUUUGCAAAGACCUGUUCGUUCUGUCUGUAACAGUAGCCUUUGCAUCCAGACUGGAACAGCUAAUCUCCAGUUCGACAAAGCUGGCAAAAGAAGGCUCUGAGUUUUUUUUCUUCUACACUUUGCUGGGCAAUGAUGUCACCAGCGAACCCUUUCAAAACCUCAUGAAUCCAAACUUUGAGCCAGAACGAGCCUCAGUUCGUAUCCGCAGCAGCGACAAAGUCUUACGAGUUUUUUUCAACCAGCAGCAUAACCUUCAGAUCCAUCUCUGCUGUGGAAACCAGUCUUUAGGAAGCACUGAGGUCUCCCUUGCUGCACUCAUGAAGAAUAGUUUGGAUCUGGUCAAACAAGUGGCCACUGUAGAGGGAGCCUUUGUCUUGAAACCACCAAAUCGCAUUCAACAGAAUCGUCAGGCUGUUCCAGAGGAUUUACUGCCAACAGUUGGAGUGGCAGUGACCUUGAGAAGAGAAGUCGAUGCUGAGCUGUUAGAGCGGCCCAUGAAGACUCCAGUGAAAAAAAGUCCGGCCGUGCAUUUCCUUCCCGAGUCAACCCCAUCUGAGCCAAGACAACGUAGCCCAUCUCCUGUCCUGUCCCAAAGGUCUCAGUCACCCUCCCCUGAACAUCAGAAUUCAGAGACUGAAGCUGAGAGUCUGCCUGAUGAUGCAAGGGAAGCCCAGCCAGAACAAUCUGAUUUGCCUGUGCCUCCAUUGGCUGCAUCUGAAAAUGUGCUACCAGAAAGUGAACCAGAAAUUCUAUCCUCUUCCAUUGCUGUGUCUGCUCCGAAGAUCGCCAUUCCAGCCUCAGCACAUCAUUACUGCUUCUCCAUAGAUUUGCGUAGCGUCAGAGAUCUUAAUGUGAGCUUCCCUGUGAACUGCAUACUGAGGUAUGCCUACCAGUUCUUUGGGAGUGCAGCCCCGAUAAUGACUAACCCUGCAGUGGAAAUUAAGAAGAACACCGAGGUAUUCCUGCCUCAGUCCUACUGUGCCUUUGAUUUUGCUGCACCGCCCAAUCAAUUACAGGAUACAUUCUUGAGGGUUCCCCUGCUGGUAGAAAUGUGGCAUCGAGACCCUGCUGCUAAAGAUGUCCUACUUGGCAUGGCCAGCGUUCAGCUUUCCCACCUCCUCACUUCUGAGAAAACCCGCUUCCUUGGCCAUUCUGGACAGCAGCACUGGAGACAGACCUACUCUGAGAGGAUAGCUGUUAACAGAACAACGGGAUCAAAUGAGAAGGUGGCUGAGCUUAGCUAUGUGGCAGUUCUGGAGGAUAUGGGUUUAGUAAAAGCCCAGGCUGUCCUCAUAUCUGAAUCCUCCCAGAGUGCUAAUCAGGUGUGCCAUAAGCCAGCAGCUCCUUCUAAGCCUUACGGUGGGAAUGAGGUAGGGACGAAACCUCGGGAGACCCUGGAGUAUAGAGCAGCAAUGGAGCUUGAGAUGUGGAAGGAAAUGCAAGAAGAUCUAUUUGAAAAUCAGCUGAAGCAGAAAGAACUGAGCCAUAUGCAGGCCCUGGCAGAGGAGUGGAGGAAAAGAGAUCGGGAACGAGAAGCACUCGUUAAAAAGAAGGAGAUGGAGUAUAAUCUUUUGGAAGAACAGCUUCAGAAGGCUCUAGCUGAUCUAGAAAAAAGAGAAAAAACUCUAGCUCAUGCAGAGAUGGAGACACAGAGGCUGCAGCGGGAAAUGCGCGUGGAACAUGAGUUCCUCAAGCGGGAGCUCCAGGACAGCACCAGGCGUUUACGCGAAGACUGUGCUCACCAGGUGGAGCUGGAGAGAUCAAAGGUCAGGCAGCUUGAGGAGGACCUUGCAAGGCGUCAACAGCAGGUAACGGAUGCUGAAAAGAAGUACAAACUCCUGGAAAAUGAAUUUCAGCAUUAUCGUGACCAGCAGAACGUUCGGCCCGAAAUCCAUUUGCAGUCUGAGAUUAACUUGCUCCGAUUAGAGAAGUCUGAACUGGAACGAAAAUUUGAAUCAACAACAAAAUCUAAACUUCACUACAAGCAGCAGUGGGGCCGUGCUCUAAAAGAACUGGCAAGAUUUAAGCAGAGAGAACAGGAGAAUGCUAUGACACGGCUGAAGAAGCAGCAGCAAGAACUGGAGCACAUGAGGCUACAGUAUCUGGCAGCCGAAGAGAAGGAAGCUGUCAAGAAUGAGAAACAUGAGCUCCAGGACAUCCGCAAUGAGCUGAACAGGCUGAAGCAGCAGGACGAGAAGAGAACAUGGAAGGAGCCAACAAGCAUGUCUUUAAAUGAAAGUGCUGAUGAGCAUCUGAGCCGCUUAUUGGAAGAGAGAGACACACUGCUUCGUACAGGUGUGUACACACACGAGGACCGUAUCAUUGCUGAACUCAACAGACAGAUCCAAGAGGCUAUGGCUAACAGAGUUUCAAACUAAAUUAUUAUUUGGUGUUUCCCAAUAAAGUACAAUACUAUGCUUAAUAUGCACACUCAAUGAUGGAACGGCUGAGUGUAGAAUACAUUGGCACAUUAGAAUUCAUAAUGCAUUCUAGGCUUUUCUUAUUUUUAUAGUUUUUUUUUUUUUAUGUCCGUUGUAAUGAAUUGAAAAUUAUUAACGGUUCACCAUGCACAGUAGUGUGUGUGUGUGUGUGUGUGUGUGUGUGUGUGUGUGUGUGUGUGUGUGUGUGUGUGUGUGUGUGUGUGUGUGUGUGUGUGUGUGUGACAGAGAUGUGCCAAACAGGGAUUUGUACCAUGUAUUUUCUUAACUGAUUCCUGUAGUUUUUGGUGAAAGAAGGAUUUCACCAGGUGGCACUAUCUCUCAAGAAAUGGUAGCAAAAAUAUUACAUACCCUUUUUUAAUAUUCCUGAAUUUCUUCUUCUGUGUCUAUUUAUUAUAUGACUCUUAUUAAUAUGUACUGUUACUUUUAUAUUUGCAUCAGUCCUAAUAAAUUAUUUCUAAUGUGC